UGCGCAGCUUUCUGUCUCAUCAGGCAUCACGGCGCUUUUUAAGUCCUACCUCUGGUCUCCAAGCUGUUAGUCCUCUGCUGAAUUGAAGAGGUGAAACAUCAAGGAAAGAGACACCAGAUCCUCAUCAGCUGAUCGGGAAGGAGACUAAUUCAAUCUGCUGAAGGAGUAGUAAAGACUGACACCAUGACACAGGGCAAGCUCACACUUGCUAACAAGGCAGACGACUCCUCAAGUGGAGAGGCCUUUGUGGCACCAGUUCCCCCCACAUAUGAGGAAGCUAUUGCAGGUGCCAGUGCUCCUUGCUACAAUGAUGAAGAGAUGCUCACAGAGUUCAGCUGGGAUGAUUCCAACAUCAGAAGAGUCUUCAUUCGAAAGGUUUACUCCAUCCUUAUGAUCCAACUUUUGGUCACUUUUGCAAUCGUGGCUCUAUUUACAUUCUGUGAUCCAGUGAAAGACUACAUUCAAACCAACCCUGGAUGGUACUGGGCCUCAUAUGCGGUGUUCUUUGUCACCUACUUGACUCUGUCAUGCUGCUCUGCACCCAGGAGACGCUUUCCAUGGAAUUUUAUCCUUCUUGCCGUCUUUACCUUAUCUCUUUCCUACAUGACUGGAAUGUUGUCCAGCUUCUAUAACACCAAGUCAGUAGUAAUGUGCCUGGGGAUCACAGUAGCAGUCUGUCUCAUAGUUACGGUCUUCAGCUUCCAAACUAAGCUUGAUGUGACCUCAUGCCAGGGUGUACUAUUCAUUUUCUGCAUGGUGAUGCUCGUCUCUGGACUGGUGCUGGCGAUUGUCCUUCCAUUUCAAUAUGUACCCUGGUUGGAUGCCAUUUACGCUGCGCUGGGAGCCAUUCUAUUCACAAUGUUUCUGGCAUUCGACACGCAGCUCCUAAUGGGAAACAAAAGAUACACCAUGAGUCCAGAGGAAUAUGUCUUCGCCACCCUCAACAUCUACCUAGACAUCGUGUACAUAUUCUCCUUCUUCCUCCAGUUAUUUGGCACAAAGAGAGAUUAAACCCGCCCUUCAAUCCUGCAGAUAAGGGCUGUACCAUUCUAAAAAAAAAA